CCUGGCGACAUCCGUAGCCCCGCCCACACAAGCCUUUAGACACAAACAGUGUCACGUCACCGUAUUGUUCCGAGUGAAGCUCCGUUAAACCUCACAACAUGGACGACGACGUGUUAACCACCUUAAAGAUAUUAAUCAUCGGAGAGAGCGGUGUCGGAAAAUCUAGUUUGCUCCUGAGGUUUACAGACGACACGUUCGACCCAGAAUUAGCCGCAACAAUCGGUGUGGAUUUCAAAGUGAAAACCAUAGCAGUGGACGGUAACAGAGCCAAGCUUGCUAUAUGGGACACAGCCGGACAGGAAAGGUUCAGAACUCUGACGCCCAGCUACUACAGAGGAGCACAGGGGGUAAUAUUAGUGUACGACGUGACGAAGCGGGACUCGUUCACGAAGCUGGAGAACUGGUUAAGUGAGUUGGAGACGUACUGCACACGCAACGACCUGGUGAAAAUGCUCGUGGGAAACAAAAUCGACAAGGACAAUCGGGAGGUGGACAGAAACGAGGGUCUGAAGUUUGCUCGUAAACACUCCAUGCUCUUCAUCGAGGCGAGCGCUAAGACCAAGGAUGGUGUCCAGUGUGCCUUUGAGGAGCUGGUGGAGAAGAUCCUGCAGACUCCGGGCCUGUGGGAGAGCAGCGUCCAGAAUCAGGGCGUUCAGCUCGGAGAGCAGCAGCAGCACAACUACGGCGCCUGCGGCGGUUACUGCUCCCUCAUCUAACCUCGACCAUUCCACCGGACUGAGACACGAGAUCACGGGAUGAAAAAAAAAAAAAAGACUAUUUCCUGCUCCCGAGCGAGAGGCGAAGGCCGGCUCCGUCAGGGCAGCGGAAGGACGUUCGAUCGCUACGUUUGUCCUUUCACUUCGAUUUCUGUACGGUAUUUUAUCUAACUUAUCAUAGAGCUGCAAUGAAUUACUGUCUGCUGUCACUGUCACCUACACCAAGCAGAAGGAUUGACGCUCACAUCACUCUCUCUCUCUCUCUCUCUCUCUCUCUCUCUCUCUCUCUCUCUCUCUCUCUCACUCUCUCUCUCUCUCUCUCUCUCUCUCUCUCUCUCUCUCUCUCACUCUCUCUCUCUCUCUCUCUCUCUCUCUCACACUCUCUCUCUCACACUCUCUCUCUCACUCUCUCUCUCUGUCUCUCUCUCUCUGUCUCUCUCUCUCUGUCUCUCUCUCUCUCUCUCUCUCUCUCUCUCUCUCUGGGGCCAUGACACAGUCUCUCCUCCUCUCUCCAGAGGUAAACUAUCCUCGUGCUUUAUCCCCGAGUCUGUUUGCUUGAGCUAAUACAAUAUAAAUCUUUUACCUUUGUAAUAGUUUCAGGCGUCGUUGUGGUUCCUGCUUGAACCCGGAGCCAGACACCAUCCUGUUUGCUGGUGUUGUGAUUUUUCUCUUCGCUUCGCACGCUCCUGAUCGCAUUUCUUGUGAAACAUUCAUGCUAAAAAUAUAAGGAAUGUCUUUUUUUAAUUCCUGAAGUGUAAAAACUUUCAUUCACGGACCACUGAUGUGUGAUUUCAACAAGUAGCAUGUGAGGACCGAGUGUCCUGCCGUCCUGAUUUCACUACAUAGAUUAUAGCUUCCUCUCUCUCUGUCCGUCUCUGUCUCUCCCUCUGUCUCUCUCUCUGUCUGUCUCUCGCUCUCUCUCUCUGUCUGUCUCUCGCUCUCUCUCUCUUUCUGUCUCUCUCUCUCUGUGUCUCUCUGUGUCUUUCUCUCUCUCGCUCUGUCUCUCUUUCUGUCUCUUAUUCUGUCUGUCUCUCUCUCUGUCUCUCUCUCUGUCUCUCUCUCUGUCUCUCUCUCUCCCCCCGUCUCUCUCUCUCUCUCUCUCUCUCUCUCUCUCUCUCUCUCUCUCUCUCUCUCUCUCUUUCUUUCUUUCUUUCUUUUCUCUUUCAAUGAGUCAUCAUAUUUUACACUUGGUUUGAUCUCUGAUGGCUGUGUUAAAGACCGUCACUGUUAACGUAUCGUGAUACUAAAUCAUUAGAACCGAGUUUUCCUCCAGUCGAUCAUGUCCUGAUGAAUUUCAGUAACACUGUUCCUCAUCCUCAGAGAGAGAAAAGGACAGCAUCAGUCGUCACUGGGGUGGAAACGUAACUCUGGGACUGUCACCUCCACCAAGAGCCGUCACAAAGUGAACUCUGUCCCUUAAACACUAUCUGUUUAAUCACUUUAAUCCCAGUGAGUCUGUCUGAGAGCGCAGAUUAAAGUCCAUCUCAUUUAAAGCAGGCAUUAGUACUUUCUCUUAGUUCUCUGUUUCAACCUGACUGUCGGGAUCCAUUUUUAAAGCGGCUGUAUGUAACACUGAUGCUACGUUACUGUGUAAAGAACCCUGAAUUAGAUUAGAAGCGUCAGAUGAAGUUUAAAACAGGAUUCUGUGACUUUUUAAAGGUUAAUAAAACCACCUGGUAUUAAUCUGACCUGAGUUUAGGACUUAAUGGAAUAAAAUGAACCGAUCGACAGUCUGAUCUGCCGUGUCGCAUCAUUUAAUACUGACACCAUGUAUAUUCAUCUCUGGCUUAUUAUUAUUAUCAUCAAUAUUAUUAUCAUCAUCAUCAUCAUUAUUAUUAUUAUUAUUAGUUAUUAUUAUUAUUUUGGGCUCUUUGGAUGUUGAACCUAAACGUAUCUCACAUUUCUGGAAAUAAAGCAACAAACCAGAUGAAGAAAUCUAAUCUAUUGGUCCGACGAGUCCAGCACGUCCGUCGCUGUCCGAAUCUUCUGUAGUCGGAUUGGAAACGUGUCACUCCGAGCAUCAGUACCGUUCUCUUUUGCAAUAAAAUGUCACUUCUAACCAAA